AUGGCAUCAUUGCUGGCCCAUCCCAGGAUGAAGGUCCGUUCGUCAGUCAAGAAGUUGUGUGAGUUUUGUCGGACUGUGAAGCGACGUGGGCGUGUGUAUGUCCUGUGCACAGCUAAUCCGAAGCACAAGCAGCGACAAGGCGUAUCAACACUUGCUUAUGAAGGUCCACUUGUUCCAGCGUAUGACAAGUUUGAAAGAGACGACGUCAGCCCAGAAUGGUCUCCCUGCCCUUAUAUCCAACAAGAACGAGUCGUUGACAGUGACACCGUGGUGGAGAGUUGGUCUCGUCUCGCGUCUGUUCAAAGAGAGUGGCAACAAGUAGAAUAUAUGCUAAGCUCCAACCUAGGAGAUUGCAGCAGCUGGUGUGAAAUGCCAGAGGCUAAGAAAGAGGUUCAACAAUCGCUAGCCAAGGCGGCAAAAGCAGCGAAACUGGACAAGUUCGAGACCCCGGCAAAGAUCAAGUUGUUGCCGGAGCCGUGGACUCCAGAAUCAGGUCUGGUUACUGCAGCACUCAAAUUGAAGGCCAAGUUUAAAGAUGAUCUGGAGAAGUUGUAUUAAUGUACAAAUGGAGUUCCAUGACUUGUGGUUUGGUGUAUCACUUGCAACAAACAGUUUUCUAUCUAUAUGUUAAUGUUGAUUUGUUCACUAAA